UGGUAAGUCUUGAUAAGCAACGAGAAUCUUAUCCUUAAACACAAACUAUCAGUAUCGUUUUCUGAUCACUCUAAUUUCGUUUCCAACGUUCCACAGUAACCCUUCCUGCACACAUCGUACGCUGCGCCGAAUACCAUCGUAUCCAGUUCCAAUUUCCAGCUACCCUCAGGCCCAUCAUCCAAAUCUGCAAAGAAAUCAUGACUGGAGCACCACCAUCACCAUCAUCACCCCCGCUGCGAUCCGUCCAUUUUACCGAUAGUGCAUCACUGGCAAGGCAAACAUUUUCGCCCCUCCGAUACAAUGUGCCACUGUUUGUGUACAAAAAGCUCACCAUUCCGGGCGUAGAGCGGCGUGACGAGUUGAGAGUCCUUGCCAACGGUCGCCGACAGUUGCUCCGGAGGAUGCUGAAGACCACCUAUGGCGAGCUGCCAAAUUGUGAAGAUCAUAUCAAUGUCAAUUUGGAGCCGAACUCAACCCGAACAUGGGACCAGCAAUGGCAGAAGCAGCCGUCAGAACACGUGCACAGCAACCCUUCCAAAUCGCGUUGCCCAAAAUCACUGCGAAAUGGUCACAAGGAUUGGACCCUAGCGCCCAACAGGUACCGUUUGGCCAACAACAUUUCGGAUUCGGCUAGCAAAUCAACCGGCACCAAAGGACCUUAUCAAUGUUUCACAGGUGAACGUUUCUCAUUGAUUUCGAGGGUAGCAGCCACCCACGGAGGUCCGUACCGUAACGAAGAGCUAGGAGGAAUCAGCCUUCCAGCCGAAAUGGAUCGACUCGGUCAUCCGAAACGAUACUUUGUGGGAAAAAUACGACCAGGCGACAAAAACAAGCAACGUGCCUACUCUCGACUGGCCCUGUCCCAACCCACCCUUUGCUGGCGCAAUCCUCUGGAACCAGGUCCGAACCACUACUUCAAAGGCAUAUUUGACAUCCCGCCGAAGAAGGUUCCUCCUAUCGUGACAGGUCACUGCCAGCAGCGGCUCCGUAUGAAGCAAUUAAUCGCCGGACCGCUGCUGCCGCCAACCCCAUCCGUGCACCACUCAUACUGUGCGGAACCCUUUCGGAGGCCCCCGCCCGGUCGUUAUCAACUGCCAACCAGCAUACCGAUGCCAAAGCCGGCGCUGUCAAUUGCACCCCACCGGCGUCGAAUUGCCGUUCCCGCACGAUAUGACUUCUCGUACAACUUCGCAUGGAAUCCAUACCGGCAGCCGGCCACCCUGCUAAUGCACACCGUUGACAUACCGGUCCGACGCCGGAAGCGAGGCCGCAACAUGAAGGUGGCCUUCGGUAGUGCGACGGCCCGUUUCAAGGAUCAGGAAUUUUUCCCCAUCGGAGCGCUCAAAUCCGUUCUUCCGAAGGAUGCAAAGAAGAGACCGAACCGGGCGGCGGGUGGUGCUAAUCAGAAAAUUGUGUCGACAGCUGCCGUCGUCGCAGAAAAGACCGGCAUGGCCGCUGAUACUGUGGAAAAGACCCCGUCGGCUAAUCUCGGCCGAACACGCACCAAACUCUUUGUCAUUCCACGGAAACAUCAAACAAAAUGGAUACCAAGUAUGCCCGAUGUGGUGGUGGUGGCGGCGACCGUCCCCAACGGAACGGAUCAAAGCGCUUCGCGGGAGUCAAGCGUUGCGACGUCCACGGCGUUGGCCGCGAACCUCGAUGCGGAGUCCUUUGGAGACGGAGCAAGCAACGUCAUGGAGACGGAAGUCAUUGUGAGGCGAGAAAGCAUUUGAUUUUCAUGGGGGAAAAUAUAUCUCCUAGUACAUUGGAAGGGAUCAAAAAUAAUAAAUAAC